GGGGGGGCGGCGGAUCUUCCCCAGACGUCGAUUUGGCGACCGGUCGGCCGGUCCCGUUUUGGCCACGUUCGCAGGGCAGGCCUUUUGUGCGAGUGCGGCGACGUCGGCAUGACAACUCAACCACUUCGAUCCCCUUCUCCUGCAGCAUUUUUUCGGCUGAACCCACUCGCUCAAAGUUUUUGUCGGUGCAGGAGUUGGGAGCAGAGUCGCCGCAGGACCUGAGCAGCGAUGAGCUUCGCUGUCGGACGCAGCGGGUCUUUCAUGGCAGCGGGCCCGCGCGGUGGGUUCGCUGCGGGCUCCCGCAGGGCCUGCGUCGGUGGCGGCGCGGGCGGCGGCGCGCUCAUGGGCAGCGGGAUGUACCCCGGCGGCGCGGGCGGCGGCGCGUUCAUGGGCAGCGGUGUCUACCCCGGGAUGGGCUACGCUGGUGGCGGAGAGGCGUGCUGCGGAGGCCCUGGCGGUGGCGCGUUCGUGGGCAGCGGCGUCUACCCUGGGAUGGGCUACGCUGGUGGUGGAGAGGCGUGCUGCGGAGGCCCAGGCGGUGGCGCGGGCUGCGGGGACGGGUGCGGAGUGGGCUGCGGGGGCAUCGCCGGAACGACGAUGUCGUACGUGGGCAUGGGCGGCGAUUACAUCGCCACGACCACCUACCAGUACGUGGGCCAGGGCGCUGGCACCUUCGGCGUGGUGCCGAUCCCUGCGGCUGGGUGCAGCCCAUGGUGGCUUUGCUGCUUCCUGCCGCUGCUCUUCGUCCCCUUGCUCUUCCUCGCGGGGACCACCACCACCACGACCACGUCCACAACGACCCCUGCCAUCGUCACCGCGCCGCCUCCGGAAGUCGUGCCGACGCCGCCGCCGAAGGAGUGCUGCAUCGACAUGUGCAACUGUGCCCGCGAUGGGACGCAGUGCGACGAUGACUGUGGCUCCGAGGAGUGUACCGAUUUCGACGACUGUGAUGAGAAGGGCAUCUGCAUCACGGGCACUCCCGAAUGUGAGAACCCCACGCCGGCGCCGCCGCCGCAGGGGCCCCAGAAGCACUGCAGGAUCUUCGGUGACCCGCACGUGGUGACGUUUGACGGACAAUCAGCAAGCUUCUAUUCUCAGGGCGAGUAUUGGAUCGUGAAGAGCACCACCGUCUCGAUGCAGGGACGCUACAUGCCGACUCCUGUGACCAACGGACUCUCCGUCAUGAAGGAGAUCGCGAUCGGCGGCCCCUUCCUGGAGGGCAAGGACGGCAAGAAGAAUAUCCUCCGUAUCUCCUCCCUCAGGGCGACCUUCAACGACAUUCCUAUCAUUUCUGGCUUUCCGGAUGCCUGGGAGAACCAGGAUCCUAUGAUCAAGGUUGUCACCGACGGCAGCGGGCAGGUGAUGCAGUCGAGCCGCACCGGCAAGGAUAUGCGCGUCGUUCAUGUGGACUUGCCGCUCAACAUCCACCUGGAGAUCAACCGUUGGAACGAGCCAGGCGAGGGCGACUACAUCAACACGAUGAUCACCAUGAGCAUGCAGCCCAACCAAGAUGGCCACUGCGGAAAUUUCAACGGUGUGCUCGACGACGACACGAGGCCGGCGAUUCGCGCCCGCAUCGGCACCACGGGUGUCCCGCCAGCGGAGCUGCUCUUCCACACCAAGACCCCUGUGACGCCCGUGAACCGGCCCGACCUCAACAACUGCGCGCCCGACAAGACCGAGAUGGCCAAGGACCUCUGCACGAAGAAGUCCAAGACCGGCAUCCCCAACAAAGACUGCAUGAUCGACGUGUGCUUCGGAGGGGCGCACUUCGCCGACAUGACCGACUACGACGAGUGAGGGGCGGCAAUAGUACGUAACACCACGAUUCCGUGGAAAUGUCGCGUCGUGGGUGUUGUAGUCAGGUAGGGACAUUCGGCGCCUGGGACCCGAGCAAUCUUCCGCAGAGACUGGGCAAAGCUACUGGUCAAAGCGGUGCUCGAGUUGCUCUAUGGGCGCUGUGCUCCCGCUUCACCCUCCGAGUCGCCGCCUGGCACGGCGUGGCACGGCGUCCAGAGCGGCAGAGGCGAGCGUGCGAGGCAGAGAAAAGCUAGCCGAUCCCCCACUGCGGCCAGUACGGGGGCUUAGGCGAGACACGAUGGCUUGCACCGCAUUGUGCUGGCAUCCGAGAGCAGCGUCGAGGGUCCCUCAGGAGGGCUCUCUACGUCAGGAACUGUCACCGCCAGAUCACUCGCGUGCGGUGUGUCUGUGAUUGUCCGUGGCCGUUUUCUUAAUUUGUUGCUAUUCUUUUUUUCGCCUCACCCGGCCGCCCAAGAUCAGAGGCAGAGACAUAGCACCACAAUUAUCGCGGGCGACUCUCUCCUACGCAUCCUCGACACCCGGCACCCAUACCCCCCCCUUUUGGGAAGUGGCGCUUAGGUGGUGAAUUGGGGCUGCCGAUGGGGAUCGUGAGGCCGACUCCUUGGCCGCAUGGCUGGAGGCGUCCGCUCGCCGAGUGUUUAAUCACCUUGAAGGGCCAGGGCGGCAGACACACCGCCAACGCCCAUCGGGUCGGCGGACCCGGCGGAUCAUGACCGGCGGCCGCCUCCUCCU